CUCCGCACUCGCUGAUGGUUUAUCCUGUUGGAGCACUCAUGCUGCUGAUGUCAGAGAGCUGAGUGAGACUGAGAUGAUGGCGAGCACAAAUACAGACUCGCAGUCUCUCUAGUACAUUAUAACUUAUCAUCAUAAGGAUGGAUGGAAAUGUCUUUCCUGACCAAGAGCAGCUCCUGGUUUUCCUGAAAAAACUCAAAGAAGUCUUCGACGUGUGCGAUGACGAUGCAGACGGUUAUAUUCGCGUUGAGCACUUCGUGGAUCUCGGUCUACAGUUCGGCCAAAGAGAUGAAGUAAAGAAGUUUGCUAAGUACCUGGAUCCCAAUGCUCAUGGCAGAAUUAACUUCAAAGAUUUUUGCCAUGGAGUAUUUGCAAUCAAAGGCUGUGAGGAAAUUCUGAAAUCUGCACUCGGGACACUGAACACUGGAGCACAGCCGUACCAGACAGACAAUGGCUACUACUAUCAGCAUGGGAAUGGUGGUGUGGGACCACCGGUCAUCGUGUGCACGCGGCCAUAUCCUGAAUGCCAACUGUAUUCUGAUGAGGAAGGACUAGGCGGCCGGGACGCACAAGAGUCAGACAUGGACAGUGCUGGAGACAGCGGGGCAGGAUCAGAAUCAUCAGAAGGAGGUCGCCAUGAUGAUAAAGAAGAAGGGAUGGGCAGACUCUUUCUGCACGGAAACAGCUGUGGUCAGAUGGUCUUAUCGGCAGCAGCCUCAGUGAUCUCGGUGGAGGAACAGUUUGAGGACUAUGGAGAGGGAGAGGAUGUGGACUUCACGCCCAGCAGUCCCAUCCCUGAUGAUGACACGCGCACCAAUGGAUUCUCUGACCUGGGUUCCUCUCUGCCUUCCAGUGCUGGUCAGACGCCUCAGAAGAUCAGGCAUCUGUACAACAGUGAGCUGUUGGAUGUUUACUGCUCUCAGUGCUGUAAGAAAGUCAACUUGCUCAAUGACCUAGAGGCCAGACUCAAGAACCUUAAAGCUAACAGCCCAAACAGGAAAAUUUCCAGUACAGCAUUUGGUCGCCAGCUCUUCCAUCACAGUAACUUCAGCAGCAGUCAGGGCAGCACAGAAGAUCUGUUCAGAGACAGUAUUGACUCCUGUGAUAUCGACAUCACUGAGAAGGUGAGUUAUUUGGAGAAGAAGAUAACAGAGCUUGAGAAUGACAGUCUGGCCAAUGGAGAUCUGAAAUCCAAAUUAAAACAAGAAAACACGCAACUAGUUCACAGGGUACAUGAGCUGGAGGAGCAGAUUAAAGAUCAGGAGAUGCGUGCUGAGCAAGGUCUGGAGGAGGAACUGAAGAGACACAGAGAGGCUUACAGCAAGAUGGAGAGAGACAAGGGCACUGAGAUCGAACUGCUUAGUAACAGGGUUCAACAACUCGAGGAGGAAAAUGCAGAGAUGAAGGUGAAUGUGUGCAGACUAAAGUCUCAAACUGAAAAACUGGACCAGGAGAAGCAACGUAUGACGGAUAAGUUGGAGGACACCAGCCUGCGUUUAAAGGAUGAGAUGGAUCUGUACAGGAAAAUGAUGGAUAAGCUGUGGCAAAACAGACACGAGUUUCAGAAAGAGCGAGAGGCCAUGCAAGAGCUGAUUGAAGACCUGCGCCGUGAGCUGGAGCACCUGCAGCUGUUUAAGCUGGAGAACGAGAAGCCCGGCCGUGGCAGGAAUGCUGCAGGACUGUCUGAGUACAAUGCCAGGACUCGUGAGAUCGAGCUGGAGCACGAAGCCAAGCGACUUAAACAGGAAAACCAUAAACUCCGAGACCAGAAUGAUGAUCUGAACGGACAGAUUCUCAGCCUCAGUCUAUACGAGGCCAAAAACCUGUUUGCGUGUCACACCAAGGCCCAGUCACUGGCAGCAGAGAUAGACAACGCCUCCAGAGAUGAGCUGGUUGAUGCUUUGAAAGAACAAGAGGAGAUCAACUUCCGUUUAAGACAGUACAUGGACAAGAUCAUCCUGGCUAUCCUAGACCACAACCCCUCCAUUCUAGAGAUUAAGCAUUAAACACUUGAUCACUUCUCUUGAGCUGAUAGUGGAUAAAGGACGUGCUUGAUUAAGUGCUCCCCCUUAAGGCAAGGGGUGUAAAAUGCGCUGACACAGCCCCCUUGACCAGGUCAUCUUGUAUUUACAGAGCUAGUUACUGUUGAAAAAAUUUAUCUGACACACACACACACAUGACAGUUUCCAUUGACACCCAUCAUGCUAGGAAAUUUAGGCUGUAGAAAUGACAAAAAUUAGCGAUUAAACUGGAAUGUAGUAUAGUAGAGGACUUGUCAUUUUUAGUUAUAUAUGCACACUACCUCUGAGUACGUACAACUCUUUGUUGUAUUCUUCAUAAAAAACAAAACAAAUAAAAACGUAUUUAAUAUCAUUGCGAUCACACUACUGACUGAGGAGAUAUAUAUAUAUAUAUAUAUAUAUGCACUGACAGGGUAAUCAGUGUUCUUUCUUGAUUUUGUUUGGGGGGAUUCUGUCCCGGAAACCCUAUAGAUUUUCUCUAAACCUUGUUUUUGUAGUACUGUUCAUCUGUGAAGUCAGCAAUAGGACACGAGAUCUCUAUCUGAGACUGAAUGCCACAUGAUAAUAGGAGUUAUGGAAAUAAGGAUCAGUGGUUAAAAAAACCUUCCUCUGAAUUAUCAACAUGCAAUAUGUAUAUGCUGUAAUUAUAGUUAUAUUAACAAACAUCAUGUCAACCCAUUGUAAGAGUAAAGCUACUCUGUAAAACUCAUUGCAUAUAAUGGAUGAUGCUUUCGGUUGCCAUAGUGAUCAGCAUCUGUCAGGGCUGGACCAGUCAUCAGCAUCCUUAGUUUGAGGAGUCAUGUGUAGUUCUAAACAAAGCACAAGAGAGGUGAAGAGUGUGAGCACAGUCAAUGUUGUAUAAUAUAGUAUAUACGAUGAAAGAGAGAAAAGACUAUAAAAUCUCAAAAAGAAAGGUUUAUUUUUUGUAAAAGUCUGUGAAGUAUCGAGGCAGAGUUGGUGGAUAACGUAAAUGAUUAUGCUGUUAAUAAACAAGUAGUCUUGUUUACUACAAAGCUCCCAAAACUAUGAUAAUAAAAUACAAUUUGGUUAAAACCAUUAACUGAGUUCUAACAAUAUGUUAUAGUGGAUUUAUCUUUUGUGAAUUGAUGAAUUUAUACAUAACUCACAAUAAUAUUAAUAUUGUACAUCAAGUGCCAUGAGUAGAAGAAAGUGCACAUUAAAAAUUCAAAUCUACAUCCCAUGAAUGUCUUACCAUACACGUCACUAUAUUCAAUAAUCACUCCUCCAUGAAUUAUUAUUCAGUAGUCAAAUAUAAUGUGAAUCACAGUAUUUCAAAUUAUUGUGUAGUAUGAGAAAGGAACCAAUAAUGCUACGUGCUUGAUUGUUACUCAACUAGUUUUGCUUUGUUGCACAAAUUGUACUGAAAUUGUUUCUUUGCAUGUUUAAUCUCUUUCUGUUUGAGCCCUUUGUUUGGAAUGCAACAGUUUUGAUUGUUUCAAUAACUAUUAUUAUUAUUAUUAUUAUUAUCAGUUCUAGAGGAGCUUUUUAUAUAUGUCUGGUAUAUUUUGCAUUGUAGCAUUUUUUCAAUCUUUGUAAAUGUUGUACAGAUAUUAGUUCCUAUUUGUAUUGCUGUGCCACUCAUCAACCUUAAUGAAUAGAUUAAAGGCAGUAUUUUAUACAGUUUUAUGAUAAAAUAUCAAGGUAUCUUAAAUGUUAGACAUAUGACCAAGCAAUGUAGAAGUCAUUUUAAAUUAGUUUUCACCCGGCACUGUCAGAAAUAAAGGUACAAAAAUUGUCACCGGGAUAGGACCCUUUAAAGGUAACACCUCAGGGACAGUUUUUAAUUACCUUUAUUUCUGAGUGUUGCAUUUGAAAUUAUAAAGUAACAUCAUAGUUACUGUAAUAUUCUUUAAAAUGACUCAUUAUCAGUUGUAAUUUCAUAGACUAAUAAUUGUUUAUUAAUAGUUUUAAAAAGGGACGUUUAGCCUGAAACAGUCCAUAAUCUUUUGAAUACACAACCAUAUUACACCCUUACUGGUAUAUAAAAUAUUCACUGUAUAACUCCCUGUGACUCUCCAUAAGAGGUGUAGAUGUUAUAUAAUAAGCGAAAGGUUUUGAAUGGUCAAGCAGCAAUGUAGUUUUUGCACAUUUUAAAGAGUGCUUUGUGUCCACUGUUACAGGUAAGAUGUUUCACAGUUUGACACUUUUGUAUGGAUAAAGGUUUACAGAAGUUUUCUGUUGUUGUUUAUGCCUUUUUGUUGUUAUAGGAGAAGACUGAACGUUUUCUUGUCUCAUGUAUGGGUAUAUAACACCAUAUAGUAUUAUUACUUGUUUCUAAUCACACAAAAUAGGGAAGGACAAAAAUCUUUGAGAAUAUAAAUAAUAGUUUAAAUGCCUCAAGAGUUAUGGCAAAUUGUAAAUGUAUAAUAAAUGACUUUUGGCAUGA